UCAGUCGAACAAUCUUCUUCAAUUUACACAGUUCUUAAUAUUCUCGAAAUUUCUAAAUUCUAAAAAUCAUGAAGACUUUCACAGCUAUUUUCUUUGUUUCUGCAGUUGUUUUAUGUUCAGCUGACAUUUCACUCAAGCUUCGAGAGAAUGAUUUCUCUACCAGUAACGAACAAGGUGCUUAUCACUUUGGUUUCAAUGACGGUCGUCUAGCUCGACAGGAAGAACGUUCGGCUGAAGGAGUUGUCCGAGGAGCAUAUCGUUACGUUGAUGCCAAUGGAGAAGUUCAAACAGUCAGUUACACAGCUGAUAAGCACAAUGGAUUUGUGGCUUCCGGAUCGAACAUCCCUCAAGCUCCAGAAACUGUACAGAAUGUUGGUAGCAUUGAAAUAGCUCCAGCAAGUGUUCCAAUUGAUGAUACACCAGAGGUCAAGGUAGCUAGAGCUGAACACUUGGAAGCAUACCAAAGAGCUCUUCGUGGUCUUAAUGUCCUACCUCAACCCAUCGUUGGACAACUUCCCGUCCAAGUACAGUACACUCCAGAGGUUGCUGCAGCUCGUGCUCAACACAUCAAUACCCUGAAUCAGGAGUACUUACGCAUCGGUUAUAACAACUACCCAAAUGUCUACAUCAGUCAACCAAGUGCCCAGUAUGUCAUCCCUGGUCCACAAUACCAUCCAGACUACUUGCCUUAUGCUGCUUUGUAAGAAACUUAUAUUUUACGAUUUUUUAAAUAAAUAAAAAACGUUGUUACCAAUUUUGA